AUGGCCGAUUUACCCAGUGAUAAAGUUGACGAAGCUAAACAAGUCUUCGAAUGUUUCGAUAAAAAAUAUGAAGGUAAAGUCGAUAACUUUUAUAUUGGAGAUAUGCUCCGUUCAAUGGGUUUAUAUCCAACACAAGCUGAAUGUGAAAAACGUGGACAAACAAAAAAAGCGGGAGAAAAAACCUUAAAAGUUGAAGAAUUUUUACCAAUUGUUUCCGAAUUUUACAAAAUGCCAGCAAAAAAUUUCGGUACAUAUGAAGAUUUCAUGGAAGGUUUAAAAUUAUUCGAUAAAGAAAGUAAUGGUAUGAUGUCAUUAGCUGAACUUACACAAGUACUCGUUGCUAUGGCUGAAAAACUUGAUCCACGUAUUGUUGAAGAAAUUCUUCGAUCAACAGAAACAAAAGAUGACGCCGAAGGCAUGUUUAAUUAUGAUGUAUUUGUUAAAGCUCUUCUUAAAGGUCCGUUUCCAAAUGAAUCGACUUAA